AUGUUGAGGACUAGAACUCUUUUGAGCUCAGCUCGUUCAUUCCGUCGUACACCUUCAUUACUCUCGACUAGCCAGCGUUUGUUCACCACAUCAAGAGCAACAUCUGCGAAUGCUGCUUGGAGAAACAAAGCUUCCAUGGCUGCUUUGGGAACUGCCGCUGUCGCUUUCACUGUCUAUAACGCCAAAGAGGUCUACUGUGAUGCAAUUUCAGAUGACAAGCAACGUAAAACAGAGGGUCCAAUUAAUGACACUGAUCCCAUGAGACUUCGUAUGGAAGCCUUUGUCAAGGGUCUUCAGAACCGUAUUGUAAACGACAUUGAGCAAAUCGAUGGUAAGCAAUUCACACGUACUGCAUGGGAGCGUGCGGAAGGUGGAGAAGGUAUUACAUGCGUCCUUCAGGAUGGCAAUGUCUUUGAAAAGGCGGGUGUUGGUAUUUCCAUUGUCUAUGGUCAAUUGCCCAAGGCUGCUGUAGAGCAAAUGAGACACAACCGAGGCAAAGAUAUCAGCGCUGAUGGACCUGUGCCUUUCUUUGCUGCAGGCAUCUCUUUGGUUAUCCAUCCUCACAACCCUAAUGCGCCUACUGUUCAUUUAAAUUACCGUUAUUUCGAGAUUGAGAACCCUGAUGGUACUCCCAAGAUGUGGUGGUUUGGCGGUGGAUCUGAUUUAACUCCCUCCUAUUUGUUUGAAGAAGAUGCUAUCCAUUUCCAUCAAGUGCUCAAAGACGGCUGUGAUAAAUACGACAAGAAAUACUAUGGCCAGUUCAAGCAAUGGUGCGACAAGUACUUCUUUAUCAAACACCGUGGUGAAGCGCGUGGUCUUGGUGGUAUUUUCUUUGACGAUUUGGACGACAAGCCUGCUGACGAAAUUUUCAAUUUCAUCAAGGAAAUGGGUAACAGAUUCUCAUUAUCGUAUAUUCCUAUCGUCAAGAAGAGAAUGAACAUGAAAUUCACCCCUGAAAUGAAGGAAUGGCAGCAAAUUCGUCGCGGUCGCUAUGUCGAGUUCAAUCUGGUCUGGGAUAGAGGCACCAAGUUUGGCUUGGAGACGCCUGGUGCACGUAUCGAGGCCAUCUUGAUGUCUUUGCCUCUUACAUCUCGCUGGGAAUACAUGAAGGAAGUUGAGGAAGGCUCAAGGGAGCAAGAUUUAGAGGAAGUUUUGAAGAACCCAAGAGACUGGAUCCCACUUGAUUAA